AUGUGUGAAAAUGAAUUUUUCAUGAACAAAAUCAAUAUGAAUGAGGAAUUAAAUAUUUCUACAACUGAUAAUAAUUUUAUACUUACUGAUGAAUCAGACAAUUCAUGGAAGAAUUCUAUAGAAUUGGAACCUUUUUAUUCUACUCCUAGUAAAAAUAAUCAUACCACUACUACUAAUAUUACUACUACUACUACUACUACUACUACUACUACUACUACAACUUAUGAAAAUAACAACACAACAUUCUCUCCAGACGAAACUAUAACAAUUACAUCUUGUAACAAUGAAAUAGAUAGAAAUAACAAUCUUAACCAUAAUAACGUAUAUUAUUCAUUGAACGAAAUAACAAGCCACAUCAAUGAUAACAUUCCGAAUACUAACAAUAAAAAUACUUCGAUUAUGAAUACAAUAAAUGAUAAAAUAAAACAACCUGAUCAAUCGUCAUGUUAUUCUGUAUGGCAAAAUUUUGUAACAAACUUAUUAAGUAGUAAUCAGAAUAAUAAUAACAAUAAUAAUAAUAAUAAUAAUAAUAAUAAUAAUAAUAACAGUACAUUUUCUCCUGUAAAAGAAAUCAAUGAUACAAGUAAAUUGACCAAAUAUUAUUCACCUCCUCAUUCAUCAUGCUCAAAUGUAAAUAAUAUCGAUUCUAUCGAUUCAAAAUACAAUACUAUCAGUGUAUCAACAAUACACAAUAGUGACAAUCAUAAUAAUAAUGAUAAUAUGAUUCAUUUAUCUAAACAAUUUAAUAAUACACCGAAAAAACGAAAAACAGCUUAUGGAAUACGUGAUAUAUUAGAGGAUUCUUGUAAAGACAAUGAAAUUCAUGCUAAAGUGAAUAAUUUAAAUGAGAAAAUUACAAUCAAUCAAAGUGAACAAGCACAACAACUAUGCGAUUAUUCAAGCGAUGAGAAUCAGUCUGUUGAAAAUAAAUUGAAUAAAAUUUAUUCCAUAUGGUGGAAUGCAUUACAUUCUUUAUCAUCAUCAUCAUCAUCCAAUUCAACUGAGACAUUGAAUAAUUCGGUCAAUAAAAUCGAUGAUAAUACACUUCAAUUGAUGUAUCAACAAUAUCGUUUACUUGAAACAUUUUCAUCAUUAUCAGAAAGUGCCAGUUCAAAAUAUUCAACAAAUUUAUCACAAAAUUAUCAAUCAACUUCUCCGGAACAAUCGAAUUUGCAUCAAAAUCAUUAUAUAACUGAUUUUGAUUCCGAAGAAAAUAAUCAAUCUAAAUUCAAAUUGAAUCAGUUACAUUCAAAUAUGAAUCUAUUCAAACAAAUUACAUUGAAUUUAUCCAAUGAACAAUUACCUCAGCUAUUUUGUUCUACAGAAGAAGCGACAACUGCAAAAGAAACAGAAACAACAACAACAACAACAACUACUACUACUACUACUACUACAGCAGCAUCUUGUUCAAUGAAAAAAGACGGAAGUAGUGCAUUUCCAGACUGUUUAAACAAUAACCAUUUCAAAUCAUUCGAUUGUGAAAAUCUUUUCAAUAUGGCUGCAGCUACAGUAGCAGCUAUGGCAGCUGCAGCAUCAAUGACAAAUUAUCGCUCACCAUUGAACACUUUACACCAGUCAACUCAUCAUACAUCAUCAACAAGUUUGUAUACAGAUUCAAUGAAUUUAUUUCAAAAUUCUUCAUUAACUGAUUAUAAUUUGUCAAACAAUAGUACAACAUCUGUAAAUACAGUAAAUAAUAAUAAUAAUAACAAUAAUAUUAUCACAAGUAGUAAUAGUAAUUCAACAUCAUUUGUAUCUAGUCCAUCAUUUAAUUCAAAUAUAAAAAAUAUUCAAUUGCCUACAGGACAUAUGAACAGUUCAAUUAUUUCUAUGCCUAAUAUUCAUCAUUCAUUGACAUCACCUUCAUCGUCAUCAUCCCCAUCGACAUCGACAGUUGUUAGUACAAGUAAUAAUGGAAUAAAUUCAACUAGCUCUUGGAUAAAAUCAAAUGAAAAUACACUUAAUCUUGUCGAUAAAGAUGGGAAAAAAAAGCAUACACGUCCAACAUUUUCGGGUCAACAAAUAUUUGCAUUGGAGAAGACAUUUGAACAAACAAAAUAUUUAGCAGGUCCAGAAAGAGCUCGUUUAGCUUAUUUCUUAGGAAUGUCUGAAAGUCAAGUUAAAGUAUGGUUUCAAAAUAGACGAACAAAAUGGCGAAAAAAGAAUGCAGCUGAAAUGAUGUCAAAUAGAUCUAAUCUAUUCACAGAAAAUCCUAAAUCUGAUCUAACUAACAAUGCUGCCCAUGUAACUGGUGGUGAUUAUGAUCAUACAGAUUUAGGAAGUGACAGUAUGAGUGGUGAUGAGUGUUUUUCAUCCGAUGAUGUAAAUAUGAUUAGACCAGAAUCGAAUAAUUUACCCUCAGAACAAAAUUGUCAGUUAGAAAUGAAUAAUGAACAAAAUGGAACACUGGAUUUCUCUAUUCCAAAUACUACAAAUAACACUUUUCCUAUUAAUACAAUCAGAGAUAAUUUUGAAAUUAGUAAUAAUGAUAAUAAUGAACUAUCUAUGGGAAUUGAUUACACGAAAAAUACACAGAAAAUGUCUACAACAUCAAACAAUUCGAAUAAAGAUAAUAAUUCUUGCAAACAAGUACAAUUGAAUGAUCUAAAUUUAUUAAGCUUAAUGUCUAAGUCAUUUGAACAACAACAGGAUUGGUUUCAGAAAUAUCACCAAUCAAAUCUACUUAAUUUAUCACCAACUCAAAUGAUUAACUUACAGAAUUCUUCUCAUCUUAACGGAUAUAAUUUCAAUCCUUUAAACACUUUCUGUCAUGAUAGUCAAGAUGGAGUAUCUCAUAAUUCAACUAAAAACCAAACGAAAAGCAAUUGCAAAAGAGUUUACUCCCAUAAUAAUGAUGAUGAGUCAACUAUAACCAAAGAGUUUAUCAUCCCAAAAGUAAAUGAACUAUCAUCUUUACAUCAUACUAUGUUUAAUGAAGACAAUCUCAAUAUGAAAUAUAAUCUAAAAUAUCCUACCACUCCAAAUUUUCACUUAACUGCAUCUAUGAAUAAUGAUGACAACAGAAACAUCAACCGGAAUAAAUAUCAAAAAUCAUCACUUUCUAAAGAAUUAUUCCCAUCUAAAACCAGCUGA